GUGAGCAGGCGAGCGCCGUGAGCCCGUCUUUCGGCACCUUGGCGAAGAAGUUGCUACACUGGAAACACCAGCGUCCCUCUCGCUCCCCGCCACCGUCGACGCUUCUCCUCGAAACUCAGCCCCCGGGUUGUGGUGAGCACCACAGACUGCUGAUAACACGGUGGUGUGAGGUUUGCUGAUCUAUACAAAUCAACGAAAGCUCGGAUAAAGAGCUGAUCCUGGACUUGAAGUGAAUAUUUUGUUUUAUUUCUGUUUGUCAAAAGGAGUGUAUUAUUAUUCAAAAGAUGAUUGGAGUUUGAAAAGUCGAAAGUGAAGAACGCAUAAUGUCUACAUGCCAAUUCUGGUGUCUUAACUGGCGUUGGUAGCAGAGUCUGACAUGGCCAUACAGCGCAAAGGCUUCGGGUAACACUGAGCAUGAAGUUGAGAUCGGAAUACAUAUCAGGCAGAGCAAGAUGGCUGAAGGUUUGUCCUCCCGUCCUCAGGGGCAGCCUUUUCCUGCGAUUCGGUGUCGUUUCCAUGCUGUCAGUCUUCAUCAUCGUCGUCUAUUUUACCUGCGCUUCUUUCGACUCAACUCCAGCGGAGCUGGUGGAAACGUCGAUAGAGGGCAGUCCAAACCAGGGCAUCGCUUCCUACGGAAACACGAUCGAAGAAAACAAAUUCUUCCUUAGUCAUGAUUCUGUAAUUGCUCUGAAACCUGGAGAUGGCCUAUCCGAACUGGAAGACCAAAGGUCUAAUCUGCAGAUGGAUCAAGGCGUCGACUCGGAUGGGGACGUAGAUUUCAGUAUUUCUGAAACCAGCGUGUUGGAGGAAGAAAAGCCUGCCGUUGUGAAAGCUUCUGUGGACAAAGGGGUAGUGACGCCCAAUACAACAAACACUGGUCGUCAUGGCAUUGCACCUGUCAGAUGUGACCCAAGUAAAAAAGUGUCGGAACUGUUUCACAUGGGCCCCAUUAAGUUUCUUCCGGAGUUCAAGAACCCCUGUUGGCGGGAGAAGUUGGACAUACCCAUCGAGGACAUGUACCGGAACAACGGGUUCGCACAUUACUCACCGACCUACAGAAAAGCGUUCGGCCGAAUCAAGGACAGAUGGCAAAAGGAGGGCGGGGUCCCGGAGUACCGCUUGCGUUGUCUUCCUUACUUCUUCCUUGCCGGCCAACCGAAAUGCGGCAGCACGGAUCUCUACAAGAAAUUGGUGGCCCACCCGGAUAUCGUGACUCCGCCCAUAAAAGAAUCUCAUUGGUGGGGAAAGAACAGAUAUGGUGACGCGAGUGUGUCUACUUUGUGGUCGAACGACGACUGGUGGAAGAACAAUGAAAACUGUGGUCAGAAAGCACCCAAGUACACCAACGCCCACCACCUGCACCACCUGCUUCCCAAGGCCAAAAUUAUCGUGAUCCUUCGAAAUCCCACAGACAGGCUGUACUCGGACUUCUUGUUUUUUCACACAUCCUCAAAAACUCAACAAGUUUUUCACGAAGAGGUUUCCAAAGCCAUUGACUCUUUGAACGAAUGUAUCCUUGACGUGGGAUUACGUGCAUGUGUCUAUAAUGCUACCAUCGCAGCCAAAGCUAGGGUGCGACUUCGCAUUGGCCUGUAUCAGGUCUUUCUAGAAGAGUGGUUGUCCUUGUUUCCACGGGAACAGCUGUUGGUGAUACGCCUGGAAGACUACGCUCUCCGGCCGCUCACCACCAUGAAGACGGUCCAUAAGUUUCUUGAUCUCAGAAUGUUAUCACAAGAGGAAAACGAGGAGGUAUUAGAGCAACCAAAGAUGAACACUCGACGCAAGUCUGAUCGACGCCUGGGCGGGAUGUUGCCUGAAACCAGGGAACUACUCGACCAUUUCUACAGACCAUUCAAUGAGGAACUGGUUAAACUGCUAGGAAAUGAAGGGUUUCUAUGGAAGGAUGAGGAUGAGUAGAUAACACAUAAUCUUCCUUCAUAGUUGGAGUUGGAAGAUGAGGAUUGUGGAAGGAUGAGGAUUGAGGAAGAAUAAGGAUUGGAUCAGUCAUUAUCUUCCUCCAUUGUUGUAUAGAUUAUCGGACGAUGAGGAUCAGUUCCUCUGGUAUGAUCUUCUUGUACUGUGAGAGGAUAAGGAGUUGAUCAGGCAUCAUCUUCCAUUAUUGUGAGAAGAUGAGUAUGGGAUCUGAUGAUAUGAUGUUCUUACACUGUGGGAAAGGGGGGGGGGGAUUUGUAUGAAUAUAUAUAUACAGUCUAGCAUGCACAAAGUGAAAUUGGAAGGUCGCAGAAAUCUUUUUGCUCUGUACGAAUUUCGCUAUGUACGAAUUUUGCUAUGCAUGUGUUUUAAAUACUAAAAAUAUAAUGUAUAAGAGAAAAUUUGAGACCUGAAAAUCUUUUCACAAUGUUCGUGUUUAGCUAUGUUCGUAUUAGUUAUGUGCAUGCUAGACUGUAUCUAUAUCAUUAAAUUUAUAUUUGGCGUGAUGUUCCUACUUAAUUGAAAGAUGAGGAAUGUACAGUAUAAUCCGCUUAUGUCGACAUGCUUUUGGAAAUGGAUUUGAUGUCGAUGUAUAAAAAUGUCGA